GCAGCCGGCCAGCUUUGAGUCAGAGUCAAUGAGCUCAUGCUGAGAGGCUGGGCCCACCCCUAAAGAGGAACUGCCAAACCUGGACCGGGAACUCAUCCGUGUGCAGACAAACAGGCAGAGGGAGACGGGUGCAGCUGGGAUCCCAGGCCAGGACCUUGCCACCAGGUGUCCCCGCGGCCCCAUGCUGGGGGAGCCCUCGGUGCCCCAUGGGGGAGGAGAUGGCACUCAGCGUGGGGAACGGCUGCGCUGGGAAACCCACAAAGGAUGAGGCAGAGACUGUGGUGAUGAUCCAGGAGGGUCCCUCGCGGCCUAAGCCGUCUGCCUGGACCCCGCGUCCCCGUGCCCUCCGCAACCUGGCCAUAGGCAGCAUCAUCUGCGGCUGCUCCUGCCUGGGGGUGCUGGCCCUAAUCUAUGCUGUCAAGGCCAACGAGAAGCGGAAGACAAACUCUUCUGACGCGAAUCUCUGGGCCCGGAAGUCCUUCCGGUUCUCUCUUCUCAGCAUCGGGGUCUGGGUGUCUCUGCUCAUCCUGGUGCCGCUGCUCAUGGGACUCAUCUCCUACCUGAUUGCCAGGGCAGAGUGAUCUCCUGCCGCAUCCUCAUUGGCUCUGGGGGAUCAGGGGGAUUCCCAGGUCUGAUUUUUUUUCCCCUCCUGGGACUGCAGGAUGGGAGUUGCCCUGGCUGCAUCUCACCACAACUGGCCUGGAAUCUCCCCAGCCCUGCCAGUUCUGGAGCAGCUCCGGCUUCUCCAUGGCUUGGGACUGAGACUUCAGAGAGACCAGGGUGGGGAGUGGGACAGGAUCGUCCGUGAUUGUCUAUUCCCAGCAGAGAUGGUGAUAAAGGAACCUAAAAAACAUCAAGGAAAAAUCCAAGGCUGGUAGGGCUAAGGACCAGACUGAUUCCAUUCCUAGAUGGAGAUGGUAAAGCUGUUAAUAAGGAUGUACAAAAGGUGCUUUGUAUUUGGAGAGAAGCAGGAUGAUGAACUCCUAUCAUAUGAGGAUGAUGAAGUACUUUCCAGCCCAUUAAUGACUGAGGAGGAUGUUAAACAACGUCUAAUAACACGUUACCUGGGCCUGUGAUUGGAACAUGUCCCCAAAAGUCCUAACAAAGUUGGCCGUGGAGAUCGCAGGCCUGCAAAUGUUCAUUUUUAAUAGAUGUUGGAAUGAAAUUCCAGAAGACUGGUAGAAUGCUAAUGCUGUGCCGGGCAAGCAGGGUGACCAGGGGGAUUACAGGCUGGUUAGCGUGACAUCAAUCCUGGGACACAUAAGGGGAAAGCUGAUAAGGGAUUCCAUCAACAAAGACUGAAAAGAUGUAGUUAAAGCCAGACUGCACUGGUUUAUGGGAAAGACUUUUUUUUGUCAGACAAAGCUGAUUAAAUUCUUUAACAAGGUUACGAAUUUGGUUGAUAAACGCAGUUGGGUAGCGGUAAUAUAUUUAGGGUUUUUGUAAGGCAGUUGACUUAGACUCACAUGACAUUCUGAUAAAAAAUAUAGCACAAUGCAACAGCAACAGAGCACAAGUGAAAUGGAUUAAGAACGGGCUGACUGGCAGCUCUCAAGAAGCAGCUGUCAAUGGGGAAUCAUCCCUGAAUGGGGGUGUUUCUAGCGGGGUUCUGCAGAGAUCGGUACUAGGCCAGAUACUAUUUGACAUUUUCAUCAAUGGUCUGGAAGUAAAUAGGUGCUGAUAAAUUUGCAGAGUGUCCAGCCUCUGUUCCCCUCGACACACAGAAUUCACAGACCUGCUGUUCGCAAAGGAACGCUACACCUCAGCUUACCACAGGAUCACUGCUCUGCUUAACACCCAGCACUUCUCUUUGUUUACGGUUAAAAGUACAGU